GAAAAUUGUCUGUGUGCUUCCUGUGAAGUGCGUGUGGACGCUUCCGGAGAUCUUGUUGAUCGCGAGUAUUUAUGUUGUCCUCGUCUUUUUCUGACCUCGGAUGAUAUAAGACUUUAUUUGCAACAUUUCCACGUCGCGGCAUUGUAUGCAAGCAGCAGUAGCAGCAGCAGCAGCAGAAGCGGGCAGGAUGUCUCAGGCCAGGGUUACUGACUUCUUUUCACAGAGGAAGAAAAACGCCACCGGUCCAGCGAGAGCAGCCAAGCAGCGCGUCGGCGCCGCGGUGGGCCAUGGCUCUUCUAGGACAAACACGAGGUCAGUACGGUCUAAAAACAAAGACGACUUGCGUUGCACGGCCUCUGUCCGCGAAGAAUUUGUCAGAGUUAUCGACGAAGCGGCGGGGUUUAACGACGGCGAGUCCGGCGCCCACAGCUCCCCGGAAGGUAAGCUCUCCAGUCCGCGGACGCCGAAGCGGAGCUCGGCAGACGCAGAGUUCGACCUCGGGGCGGCCGUAUUUUCAGCCACCUUGGACCACAGCACAGCCAAGAAGAAACGGCAGGCGGAAUCCGUUAACGAAGUGAAGGUCGACAUUCCAGUCAAACCAACGAGGAAGUCUGCCAGGAAGAAACUCGUCCUCCAAGACGAGACACAACAGGCUCUGCGUAAAGAAGACAUUGCUUCUCUGGAGUCACGCGUCCAGGAGACGGAGAGGCACGCAGAGGAAAGCACCAGUGCAGCCUCUUCAGCUCCAAUCCAGACAUCCUCCUCUCCAGCUGCUCGAGCCGCACCCCACACCUCUCAUCCGAAGGCUUUGGUCUUCAGCAUAUCACGGGCCAAAGAGCUGGCAGCUAAAGCACAGAGGAGGAAGGAAGAGAGGGAAGCUGCCGAGAGAAAGCAGACUGAGACACAAACUGAGGACAGUACUGAGCAGCCAGCAUACCAGCGGUACCACAACCUUGCCCAGGCAACCCCCCCAGGGCUUUCACUGCCAUACCAGUACAAGGUGCUGGCUGAGAAGUUCAGGAGUAUGGACACCGUGGUAGCUAUGCUGUACAACCGAUGCGAGACGGCAACCUUUACCAAGAUCAAACGGGGAGUUCAGGACAUGAUGCACAAGCAGUUUGAGGAGAAGUGCGUGGGUCAGAUAAAGACGGUGUUUCCUGAGGCAUACAUCUUCAGACAGGAGAAAAACAUCCCAACAUUCAACUCCAGCAUUAAGAAGGGCAGCUACCAGCUCACCGUGGACCCCAUCAUUCCCUGUGACCAGAAUGAAGCCCGGCCUGUAAUGUCUGCCUCUCGUCUACUGGAGAGAAGACACACCUUCCACUCAAAUCUUAUUUCCAUUGUCAAAAGACACCAUAAGGUCUUCCUGUCCUUGUUGGAUCCUCCGGUAUCUGUUCCUGAAGACAAACUGACCCGCUGGCACCCUCGCUUUAAUGUGGACACGGUGCCAGCUGUCGAGCCAAGCUCACUGCCUCAGGCUCCUCAUACUGACAAACUGGCCACAGCUCAGGAGGUGCUAGACAAGGCUCGUUCACUCAUCACGCCCAAGAUGGAGAAGGCACUGGUUGCACUGGCUCAGAAAACUGAAUCCAAGGCUACAGAGAGUGAAGGACCAACAUCUCCCCAGAAUCCAGCAGCCCCCCAGACAUCAGCUCCAGCAGCUCCCCCCGUAACCCAGGUCCCAACCGCCUUAAAAGGGGUGCCCCAGUCCCUGCUGGAUAGGAUUCGGUCAAAGGAAGCACAGAAGCUCCAGGCAGCCAUGACUCGAAACCCCGCCCAGGACGAGCGGCUGCUGAUGAUGUCACGGCUCGGGGAGCUGGCGAGGAUUCUCCGCAGUGUGUUUGUUGCAGAGAAAAAACCUGCUUUAAUAAUGGAAGUGGCCUGUAACCGGAUGGUGGCGAGCUACAGAUCUGCUCUCAGCACAGGUGAAAUGGAGAAACACAUCCAUCUGCUGGCAGAAGUAGCUGCUGAUUGGCUGACUAUUCACCCAAUAAGGAAGGACAUGUACCUGAAGUUGAACAAGAACAUGGAGCUCAGCACAGUUCUCAACAAACUGAGUCACAGACUCCGUGAAGAGGAAAGACUCUGAGUAACUUUUCCUUCAGACCUGAAGGACAGAACGAUGACUACACUGUGAACCCCCCCACCAGACUCCAUGCCGUAUGAACUGCUAGCACAGUGAAGGUUACUUGUUGGAGUUUAUAUUUUUUUGUGAAUUUUACUACUUUGUAUGGUAUUGUUUUGUGGUUUGCUACUUGUGUAAAAAUGACCAGAUUGAUAAGAACAGCUGAGGGGUGGUCCCUAGAUUCUCCCGGGACUGACCAGUCCUAGGCUUUUUAUUUCUUCUCCUGUGUUGUAAACAGGUUGUUAAGCUGUUCUCACUGACUUCCAGUCUGUAGGUGUCAUUCUACAAUGUAGAACUGAUAUAUUUUUACAUUUUAUAGGUCAUGUAUGAUAUUGUUGAACAAAUACAAUGUUUGCCAGAG